AUGCAAGCACCGAGAGCGUUUCCACCUGCGCAGCGAAUCGGCUCGGCCACUCGCUCCGUAGCCGCGGCCGUUCUCGGGGCUCGCGGCGGCUCCGCCGGUGCUCGGAUUGAUCCUUUGCCGACUCAAUCGUCUCUUUUUAUACCGCGAUACGUCUCGCGAUUUCCGCAUCGCGCAUUCCGGGUCAACGGUAACCGCGUCAUCGUGGCUUCCGCGCCGCUUUCGCUUCUCCAGCGGUUCUGGACCGCCACGUCAUCCACUCUUUGCAACGCCUUAUCGCCCGUGCCGUACCGACGAAAUGCGUCAUUCAGCGGAGGUAGGGAGAUCCGCCAAGACGACUAUGGCAAUGGCGUUGCCGGCGAGGAAGGUUCCGGGCAAGGCUCCACGCCUCCUAUAGCACCGGAAUCGCCUUCCAGGAGCCUUCGGCAAAGCGAUCUAGACCUUUUCGCGCGCCGCGGCCGCUCCCGCGCGGAUUGGAGCGCCGAUGCUGCGCCGCGCCACGGCGAAGGAGCGUCGGAGCCGCCGAUGGUGUCGGGAGCGGGCAUUGGGGGAGGAGUAGGGGGAGCGGGAGUUUCGCCGACCACGAGCGCGCUCGGUCGUCCCGGGAUCGGCGCUGUUCCUAGCAGCAGCGCGAGCGGAGCGGGUACGAGCGGGAUAUGGGGGGAACCGUCCAAUGCUCAAGCACAAGAGUCCGUCACAUCCCUUAUCCUUCUUCCUUCCCUAUCCCUUCCCCUCCUCUCUCUUUUGCAGAAGCGUCCGAAACUCAUGCAAGGUCCCACAUUGUACGAGCGGGAGAGGAGGCAGGAGGAGGUGCUGCGGCGGAAAGGUGGCAUGCGCAAGACCUCGUCGCUCCCCAAGCUCACCUCGCCUCAGGAGCAGCUGCUGGGGUCCAUGCCCCCCAUGCGCCGCUACCUGGUUGACAUGAUUAUUGGCUGUGACUUCAUCGACAUUCUAUCAAGGGAGGAGGUGGAGGCCUUGGCAAUAGUGCCAGUGUCUGUGGCCGAGCAGUUCCUGCGCCGCAUGCCCAGCCAUCCCCACCGCCGCAUGAGCGAGCCGGGAGCGGGCGAGCGCCUGUUUGAUGAGAGCAGGCAGGCCUAUCUGGAGGUGCGGAUAGAGGAGGACGUCAACAACAACAGGCAACCCAAGAUCGCUGCCAUUGACGUGUGUGCAGAACCGGGUUACACAGUGGCACACCGGCAGCUAGGCCGGGACAGGAUCUUAAGAGUGACCUUCCCACCCCCCAGGAACUCCAACCAGGGAAUGACUCCCUACGUCAAGUUCCUCCAAGAAGGCCUAGUCGUUGGGCUCAGGCGAUUCCACUUCCUCGGCUUCAAGGCAUCGCAGGGCAACUUCAAGUCGGGCGAGGCAGAGAGGGUGUUCAUGUUCGCCCUGCGCUCCAUCGCCCCUGCCGACGCCAACUCCCCCGCCUUCCCGCUCUACCCCUCCAUCAAAGACGUCUGGAACCGCUUUGCACACUUCCACACCUGCCCCACCAUCCAAAAAACCGCUGCCAGAAUCGAGCUGCUCUUUUCACGCACAUACUCCCUCAUGGACCUCCAACCAGGCGACGUGCAAGUCGUCCCAGACGUCACAUGCCAGGACGGUAGCAUACCCACGGAUGGCACGGGUCUCAUCCUGGCGUCUGCAGUGCCUCCCAUAGAGGUCGCAUCAGGAGUCGCCUACCUGCCUGCUGCUGCUCCCUCCCCUUCCCCUCCCACGUCCGCCUCCGCACCCUCCACCUCCCCGCCGUCCGCUUCCCCGGUCUCCUCUUCUCCACCCUUCUCCUCCUCCUCUCCUCCCUCCGCCUCGCCUCCUUCCUCCUCUCCUUCCUUCGCCACUCCUCCCUCCUCGUUCCCCUCCUCCCCCUCGCCGUCUCCCAGCCAGUCAUCGCUAGCAGCAGCAGUGGCACAGCCAGCAGUGCUGCAGGUGCGGGGGUAUCUCAACGGCAUGCUAUUCAAGGGCACGUUGCUUCUAGUCACGCAGUUCCCUGACUCGCUCAACGUGCAGCCAGGGGUGAAGAUAGUAGUGCGGGAGAGCAUGGUCAAGGUGACGCCUGACCCGGUGCUGCUGCAGGCACGCGAGGGGGGCAGGGGGCAGGGCAGGGCCAUGCCCGCUGUCAACAAGCUAGAAGUCAAUGAUACCAGCAAGGCGCCGUCAGAGGCAACAUUCAAUCGCACGCUGUUGUUGCUGCUGGUGGCGUGCGGGGUGCCUCAGGACCUCUUCCUCUCCCUCGCGCGCCAACUGUGCAACGAGGCCAUGGCCCUGCCCUCCGACCGCCUCGCUGCUUCCAAGUACAUACUGCGCAGUGUGAGCAACCUGUCAGCAUCGUACGCAGCGAGCUACGUCAUGCAACCUAUGCAGAUGAUCGCCAGUGGCAUACCGCUAUCUGAGCCCUACCUGCAGGAUGCACUGCACAGGCGUGUCAACAAGGCAGCAGAGUCGUUAGAGAAGGGGCACCUGCCAGCGGACCGGUCGUACUAUCUCAUGGGAGUGGCGGACCCCACUGCUACUCUGCUGCCCGACCAAGUCGUCGUGCUGCUCAAGGACGGCCCGGUGACAGGCCCCUGUCUCAUGUACCGCAGCCCGUCCCUGCACCCGGGGCACCUGCGGAUGAUGAACGCCGUGCACUCGCCAGCCAUCGCGGCGCUGCUGCCCCCCGGCGCGCACUACUGCGUCAUCUUCCCCGUCACCGGCCGGCGAUCCGUGGCGGAUACCAUGAGUGGGGGCGACCUGGAUGGGGACAAGUUCAUGGUGUGCUUCCACCCGCAGGUGACAGGCGCGUUCAAGGAAGUGGCCCCCCCCGCACGGACUGUGCGCGGGAGGGUGAGCACAGGCAGAGCACCGGCACAGCUGAAUGCCGCAGAGCUGGAGGGGCAGCUGCUGAGCAUAUGGGGUCGCCUCGCGGCUGGGCACAGUGUGACGGGGCGCGCAUACAACCUGCAUCUGUCAUACCUGGACGAGCACGGCCCGCAGCAUGAGUUCUGUGAACAGCUCAUGCGCAUCUAUGAGCGUGCACUCGACGCACCCAAGACCGGCGAGCAGGUGUCCAUUCCCCACUACCUGGAGCGCAUUCGGCGCCCACACUACAUGGAGGCUGCGGCUCCUGCAGGGUCGGUGUUCCACUCGCGCUCCAUCAUGGGGCAGAUCUACGACCUCGUGCAGCAAGCCAGGGUGACUCCAUCAGAAGCCGACCCACUGGCAGCAUACGAGCUCGACCCUGACCUGAUUCUGACCCAGUCGCGUGCGCCGUCGGUUGAUCUGACGGAGAAGAAGGCCCUGGUGAAAGUGUGGAAGGGGCACUGGCACGAGUACAAGCAGAGCAUCUCUAGCAUCUACUCCCGCAACCUCUCGAACAAGCAGCGCGACCUGCAGAUGCAGCUGCAGAAGGAGCACUACCGCAAGAUUCUAUAUGAAGGCUGGUCUCCGUCGUUUGAAGAGCCAUGCGCGCCGAUCAGACUGCUGCGGAGAGCCAGUGUGAUUUAUGAAGUAGUCUACAGUGCUGCCCGGCAGAAGGCCACCAGGCAAGUACAGGAGACGUCACAAAGGGGUACAAGCGCUCCGGACGAUGCUCUCCACUAUAGGCCAGCGCUGGCGUUUGCAUGGAACGUUGCUGGGGAGUUGUUGUGUGAGAUCAAGGCGAGACGCAGUGGGAAGUGGUUUUUGGCUUCUCAGAAGCAGUUCCUGCUCAUGUCUAUGCCGGGAGGGAGGCAUGGGAGGUGGGGUGGGGGAGAGGGGGGUGUGAGAAGGGUGGUAACGGUGGGACCUGAGGGACGGGUUGUCGUGAUUGCUUCGCAGCAAGGGGAUGAUGGGGAUGAGGGGAGUGACGGCUGUGAGGAUUAG